AUGAACUUUAUCAGGAAGUUUAUGGGAUCAACCACCACAGAUGAAUUAUCAUCCAUUCAACAAGGGAAAUUCUUUCUUACUAGAUCUCCUAAAUCACCCAAGGGGUCAUCAGAGUGUCUUUAUAAUGAUGCUUUGAUCACCAUCAAAAGAACCACGAGGGAAUUUGGUUAUUCUAUAGUAGUUACAAGAAUUUAUGAGGAAGGAGAAUUGAAUUUGAAGCAAGAUUCUGAUGAUGAAGACGAGGACCCUCUUGAUGGAGGCAAUAAGGACGAGUGGGCAUUCAUCAUAUCCCCAGACUUGGCAAUCCAGGUCAUUAAUUGGAAUGGAAGGAAGAUUGUUUGGAAUGAUAUUGAUGGUGAUGUAGGGGAUAAAUUUGAAUUUGUGAUUGACGAGGAAAUCAGAUCAGCCCAAGUCAAACAUUUUGAGAAGACUUUGAAGAAGAUUAAUUAUGAAGUGAAGUAUUUGAAAUCCUAUGAUUCUGAUGAUGAAGGUGAAGAAAGUGAAGAAGAAGAGGAAGCUGAUUAUAGCAUUGAUGAUGUUAAAAAUGAUAUUUUACAAUAUAAUAAUUCAUUUUCUAAAGAGAAUGUUUCCAGUAGAUCUGAUCAACCUGGAGAAGUCAAAGGAAUCAAAGAGGAGGUCAAAGAAAUUAAGGAAGUUAAGGAGGAGAAAGAACCUAAGUUUCAAUUGGUUGACACUAUCACGUCAGGUCCUUCAGUAUUCACAUCUAAAUCUAGUUUCCAUGUUUACGAUGCUCUUUCAUCCAUUUUUAAAUAUGUUGACGAUGUUGAAGUAAAAAUCAUUUCCUUACCUCAAUAUCAAUACUGUUUACAAGUGAACAAUGGUGAUAAUAUUAAGUUUGAAACAACUUUAUCUUCAUCAAUGAAUCCAGUGUUCAAUCCCGAAGUCUCAUCAUUUGUCUACUCAUUCUAUAACUUGAAGAAUGACAAAUUAUCAGCUUACACCUUCUUGAUCAAAUUUAAUGAUUGGAAUAAAUUCCAGACUUCUUUCAUGACUUGUUUAUGGGAAUCUAUCAAUGGAAGAAAACAAGGAGAAGAAAAGAAUGAUUUCUUAGUUGAUAGUUUCAACAACAUGGCCAUUGAUAGUGAUGAUGACUAUAAGACUCCUCCUGAGUACAAUGAUUCUGAAGAAGAUGACUAUGAUGACGAUGAAGAAGAAGAAGAUGGAAGUGAUGUAGAACCAAGACCAGGUAAAGUUGCCUUUAGUGUUUCCUCAGAAGGUAUGGGGGAUUUCAAUUCAGGAAUCAAUGUUGGAUAUACUAAUGAUAGAAGUUACGUUGUCAGAGGUAAUAACUUGGGUAUCUUCAAAAUGGAAGACGGUGGAGAUGUUGAAUUCCAAACGACAAUCAGUAAUCUUAAGAAUAAACAAGGAAAACUGAUUAUUCCUAAGAAAUUAAUGCUUCAUGAUCGUGAUCAACAUAUGGUGUUGAAAUCUGAUGAUGAUAAGAAAGUCUAUAGAAUGGAUAUGAACAGGGGCCAGAUCGUUGAAGAAUGGGAUGUUAAUGAAGUUGUUCACUUCGAACCUUCAAAGAAAUUGGAUCCAUUAACUGGGAAGUCUGUCUUCAGUGGUAUUUCGUCACAAGCUGUGUUUGAUAUGGAUCCAAGAAUCAAAGAAAUUGUCACCAACAAUGCUAAGAACUAUAAAACCAAGACGGAUUUCUCCCAUUUAAUUACCACCGAAUCAGGUCAUUUAGCUAUUGCUUCCAAAUCAGGAGAAUUAAGAUUAUAUGACAGAAUUGGAGUCAAUGCAAAAACCUUGAUUCCUUCUUUAGGUGACGUACCUAAAGGUAUGGAUAUUUCCAAUGAUGGUAGAUGGUUAUUAACUACCUACGAUAAUUAUUUGUUAUUAAUGGAUUGUAAAAUUGGUAAAGGACAAAGAAAUGAAGGAAAAUUGGGAUUCGAAAAAUCCUUUAAUGCCGAAGCAAAACCUGUCCCCAGGAGAUUACAAUUAAAACCCCAACAUAUGAACAUUAUCUUAAAUUCCGAAGGUACCACUUCGUUAAACUUUACAACGGCAUUUUUCAAUACGGGGUUGAAUCACAAAGAAACUCAUAUCAUAACCAGUUCCGGGAAAUAUUUGAUAUCCUGGAAUAUCAAAAAGUUUUUGAAUGGUAAAGAACCAAAUUAUUUGGUUAAGAAGUAUAGCGAUGCUAUUGUUGGUAAUAAAUUCAAAUUCAAUUCAGAUGAAAUCGUAAUCGCUUUAGAGAAUGAUGUUGGGUUAGUGAAUAAAAAUAGGUUCAGGCAAUUUAAAUAG